CAACUUCCCAUGGCCACAUGUUAAUAAAUAAUUUUACAAUGUAUUUUAAGUAAAAAAUGUUUCCAAUAAAAAGUUCAAUGCAUUGGAGAAAAAAGAAGAAGCCCUAGAGCCGAAGCCAUCAAGGGAGACAGUGUCAAAGUCAAGCCACGGCCGCGUCCCGCGUAGGAAAGGAUGCUGCUGCUACCCUCCCAGUUCUUCGCGUCUGAGGCCACUUUCUUUUUCUUUUCCGAUCAAUCCCACCUCCUAUAAAUUCUAAUUGUCUUCUCUUCUUCUCCAAAUCAUUCACUCAGCGAUUCAUCUUCCAUCUUUCUCGGCAUAUGUCUCAGAGACCCAACGUUCCUCACUCUUCGUCCAUCGCCUUCAGCCUCCAUUCUCAUCUCCUGGUUUCCAGUGAGAUGAACCCUAGCUCCAACUGGUCCUGUUCUUCCGCUUAAUCGAUCUUUUCCGGCGGUAUUUUCUCUCAGAUCUGGGGGAUUCUUAAACCCUUUUGUGUCAUUCUUCCUUGAGGACCUUGAUUAGUGAUUUUCCUUGGAUUCCUCACUAGCGGGAUUCGAAAUUUUCCGGGAAAAUUUGAGAUGGGUCUGAAAGGAUUCGUCGAAGGAGGCAUCGCCUCGAUUGUGGCUGGGUGUUCGACGCAUCCGCUGGAUCUAAUGAAGGUCCGAAUGCAGCUCCAGGGCGAGAACCAAGUUCCCAAACCGAAUCCGGCGGUUCAAACUCUCCGCCCGGCUCUCGCCUUUCAUGCAUCUACCGCCGCAGCCCCAGGCGGAUCCAUUCACGUUCCUUCGCCGCCUCCGCCGCCGCGUGUAGGUCUGGUUACCGUCGGGGUCCGGAUCGUGCAACAGGAAGGCGUCGCCGCGCUCUUCUCCGGCGUCUCCGCCACAGUCCUCCGCCAGACGCUGUACUCCACGACGCGGAUGGGCCUGUACGACGUUUUGAAGCAGAAGUGGACGGACCCUAGUACCGGCAACAUGCCCCUGGUGCGCAAGAUUGGGGCGGGGCUCGUCGCAGGAGGAAUCGGCGCCGCCGUCGGCAACCCCGCGGACGUCGCGAUGGUGCGGAUGCAAGCGGAUGGGCGCCUCCCGCCGGCCCAGCGGCGGAACUACACCAGCGUGGUGGACGCCAUUACCAGGAUGUCGAAGCAGGAGGGGGUUACGAGCCUGUGGCGCGGAUCGUCGCUUACGGUGAACCGCGCGAUGCUCGUGACGGCGUCGCAGCUGGCGUCGUACGAUCAGUUCAAGGAGACGAUAUUGGAGAAAGGGUUGAUGAAGGACGGGUUGGGAACCCACGUGACGGCGAGCUUCGCGGCGGGGUUCGUGGCGGCGGUGGCGUCGAAUCCGGUGGACGUGAUAAAGACGAGGGUGAUGAACAUGAAGGUGGAGCCGGGGGAGGCGCCGCCGUACGCCGGAGCUUUGGAUUGUGCCAUGAAGACUGUGCGAUCGGAGGGGCCAAUGGCCCUUUACAAGGGCUUCAUCCCUACGAUUUCAAGGCAAGGACCUUUCACCGUUGUUCUGUUUGUGACAUUGGAACAGGUCCGGAAGCUGUUUAAGGAUUUCUAGUGAAGACGACGAAGAUGACGACAAAAAAUUAUUAGUUAUAAAUAAUUCUUCAUUAUUUAGUUUUGGAUUUAUUGUAUUUUUCUUGUUCUUGAGUAAGAAUUAGGGUUUUAAUUUCAUGAAUAACAUUAUGAAUGACAAUGGAAUGUUGGGAAA